AUGCAGCGAAGCCUCCGCGUUUGGCCCGCGAGGUCGUUUCUUGCCGCCUCUCGCCCUUCCACUUCCUCGUCCAGCUUCGUCACCGUGCGUUACGCGCACCAAAAUGCCCCGACUUCUAGCCCAAGUACCGCCCCGACCGCCAGCUCUAGUUCCAGCCCCGGUUCUGGUUUCGACGAGCGCACGACCCACUUCGGUUUCCAGACGGUGCGCGAGGAGGAGAAGGAGUCGCUCGUGCGGAGCGUGUUCGACAGCGUCGCGUCCAACUACGACCUUAUGAACGACGCGAUGUCGAUGGGCGUCCACCGCAUCUGGAAGGACGAGUUCGUGUCGCGCCUGCGGCCGGGCGCACGGGGACCGCUCAAGUGUCUCGACGUCGCGGGCGGCACGGGGGACAUUGCGCUUCGCAUCCUUGACCAUGCUCGGGAGAAGUACGCGGACAGGGAGACGAGUGUGCUCGUGUCGGACAUCAACGGGGAGAUGUUGAAGGAGGGGUUCAAGCGGUUCAAAAAGACCAUGUAUCACAACACUCCCCAAGUCGCGUUCAAGGAGGCUAAUGCGCAAGAACUGCCCGAGUCCGACUUCCCCUCGAACUCCUUCGACCUCUACACCAUCGCUUUUGGCAUUCGCAACGUCACUUCUAUUCCUGACGUUUUGAAAGAGGCCCACCGAGUUCUCAAGCCAGGUGGAACGUUUGCUUGCCUGGAAUUCAGUAACGUCACCAACCCUCUCUUCCGCGCUGUAUAUGAUCAAUACUCAUUCCAAGUCAUUCCCGUCCUUGGAACGAUCCUCGCAGGCGACCGUGAUUCGUACCAGUACCUGGUCGAGAGCAUUCGCCGUUUCCCUCCCCAACCCAAGUUCGCGCAAAUGAUCGCGGACGCUGGGUUCGCUACUGGCGCAAUGCAUGAAGGGGCUGGUGGGGCUUGGACAGACCUCUGGGGUGGGAUUGCUGCCAUUCACACUGGUGUGAAACUCUAG